AUGACAGCUUCAAGCCGGGGUUCGAAGGCCGCUCAGGCUGUGCUAUCUAGAAACAUCUCAGCUUCUCCUAAUCUGUGCGCGCGAUGUGCUUCCUCUUCUUCUAUGUCUAGAUACCCAGCACGGCUCUACUCAUCUCUCGCCGCAGCCGUAGCGAAAACCCCCACCGAUACCUCUACUCCUACACCCACUAGCUCUCCGUCGCCCUACGACGUCCGCUCUGGUGUUAUUCUCACGCGACCACCUCUGGUGACACGGAAACUCCAUCCUUUUGAAAAUGCAUUCUUUUUCUACCAGAAACGCCUGGAAGAACGUCUCAACACCCCUUUUAUCACCGGUAUUUACUUCAAACCUGAUACGGCUCGCCGUCUAGACUGGAACAUCAAGGUCCAAGAGCGCAAGGGCACCGUGGCCAAGGAGCUGGGUGUCUACAAUGGAAAGAGUUCCAAGGCGUGGGACGACGAACUUAAGGUUGGCGAUGAGCUUAGCAACCAGGAGACUAUUGUCAAAUCCUUACUCAGGGAUGCUGAGGCACGUGUCAGUGAUGAUGCUGAGAUUAUUGCUCCUGAGGAUGUCAUCCCUGUUGAGCCUCCUGCGGAUCGUGUGACUGAAGCAGAUCGCAAGGGUGAUGUUCAAAGACUGGAUCGCCAACUCGAUCGAACCCUGUAUCUUGUGGUCAAGGGUAAAGACGGCUGGGGCUUCCCCGCUGAUGUGAUCCCUAAGGAUGAAAAUCUUCAUGAGUCCGCCAAGCGAGUCCUCGACCAGGCUGCUGGCGUCAACAUGAACACAUGGAUUGUCAGCCGCGUACCAGUUGCCCAUGUCGUCUCACGACCCAAGACGACUGCCGACGGCGUCGUCGAGAAGAAGGGUGAGAAGACUUUCUUCAUCAAGGGCAGGAUAAUGGCUGGUCAGGCUGAUCUUAAGGACAACCCCUAUGGCUACACCGAGUUUAAGUGGCUGACUCGUGAGGAGCUGGAAAAGGAGUUGCCAAAGGAUUACUGGAAGGGCGUACGAAACAUGAUGACUGAUCGGUAA